AUGGCGCCGAGAGGCUUCACUAAUCCUGCUCCCAAAACCGAGUCGGCGCGGUCCGCGCUCAGUGCCUUCACAUGCACGCUCUGCAGUAAAUCAUACUCGCGACACCCGGAGUACGAGGCACAUAUCUCUUCAUAUGAUCACCAACAUCGUAAACGUCUCCAGGACCUCAAACAGCUCUCCCGCGACCCAAAUGCCGCGGAGAAGGCCCGUCGCGCUGAGCGCAAGGCCGAUGCGGAGGCCGGGUUAAAGGUCAUUGAUGCACCUGUCAGUGGCCCAGUCCCAAGUGGAGGAGCUACUGGUGCGAAGAGUGGAGGGGGUUUCAAGAAAGGUGGCUUUAAGAGUUCUUUUGCAGCUGUCAAAGGUGGUCCCGCAGCCCCGGUCAAGAAGAACGUCUUGGGUGACGACGAUGAGGAAGAGGGCCACACUGCUGUCAAAGAACAGCCGAGCGUGUCCUCGAAGCCUGUGCCUGAGCAAGUGCGAGAGGAUGCUGAAAGUGAUACGGACGAGGAGUAUGCGCGGGAUCGAGACGGCGGCGGAUUCUACGACCCUCGUCGGCCAACGGGCUGUUUUGCGGGGUGUGCCGGUCUUGGAGGAACCCAGGCUUCUACAUAA